AUAAAAACCAGAGUACCAUUGGAGGAGACGUUAAUGAAGCGCAACAAAGCUGUGCAGAGAAAAAAGAAAGUAGAUGUGCCAAAGACCGAUACAAAGGGUGGUAGCAGUUCUCUAAGGCAAAGCCAGUUCUCAAGCACUCCGGCUUCAAAUGUGAGUACAACCACUUGGCCAUUCCAUUCACCGCCCUCAUCAAGUCCUUCACCAAAUAUGCCUAUUGUGCAUCCACCGAAGUUGCCACCGAGUUAUGCAGAAGUUAAAGGACCCGGGAGUCAAAAUGGAAGAUUAAGAUGACCAUGGGCAACGUAACCUUGCGAUCGUUAUUUUGUGGCUCUUAUGGAUUAAAAUGACCUUUGACUUGAUAUUCACGGCAGACAGGGAUAGCAUCAUUUACUCUUAAAAUUGUUUUGGAUUCCAAUUGCUACUGCCCUCGUCUUCAAGGAAACUUUUGAGUUUGAAGCAUACCGGGCUGCCUGUGGCUGGACCAAGAGAUUAUCCGGACCUGCCUACUUAAACAGGUGGCACUUCCGUAAUUUGGUCCAACUUGAUAGUCUGGUAUUCUUCUAGGAGUACCGAUAUUUACCAUGAAAGCGACGUGUCAUUUGUCAACCCCAGCUCAUUCUCUCUCAUCUAUCUAUCCAUCUACAUCCUUCUCGAGAACAAUCACACCGUCCUACGAUCUCUACCCUUCAUUUCAUCCAUGUCAACGAUCCGUGACUUCCUCAAUCCAAUGGUUUACAUCUCUACAAUAAUUACUCAAACAAAACCGCAACCACGAGCCGCCCUUCACGAGGUUUAUCCCGACUCGUCCACUCCUAUUAACCAAUAAGAAACAAAGGAAAAAAUAGUAUAUAUAUAUAUAUAUAUAUAUAUAUAGGAGUUUGAAAU